GCAUCACCCAGUACAAAAAAGCCUUCCCCUCGGGUCCACUCUCACUUUCAGCAGCUUGACGCACGCGCGCACACACUCCAGAGCUCUGGUCUGCAACUCGCCUCAGACAGACUAACUGGCACGGCAAUGGCAUUCAUGAUAGGAAACGAGGUUUUCUCCUGUUUUGCUUUCUACAGCGUGCUUCUGGUGAUAAAAAUGUACAUUUUGGCGAUAAUAACGGGACAAGUGCGUCUGCGCAAAAAGGCAUUUGCCAACCCCGAGGACGCGCUGAGACACGGAGGUCUACAAUAUCACAGGGAAGACCCAGACGUGGAAAGAUGCCGGAGAGCUCAUAUUAAUGACAUGGAGAACAUCCUUCCCUUCUUCUUCCUGGGUACCGUCUACUCCAUGACUGGACCUUCACUGACAGUGGCCCGCCUUCACUUUCUUGUCUUCUUCAUGGGUCGUGUGCUACACAGCAUUGCCUACUUGCUUGCCCUGCGAGCACCAACUCGCUCACUGGCCUACAUCAUUGCACAGAUAGCUUGUUUCUCCAUGGCUCUGCAGGUUCUCGUGACAGUUGCAGCAUAUGCAUAAACAUCCAGAAAUGAGGGACUGAAGUAGAGGUGGUGUUCUGUGUCGUAAGGCGGUAGUUACAAUUUGUGACCUGUGUCUGAAAAAGCCAAGGAGGUUGCCUGAGAGAGAACUUAAGAGACAAGGAUGUCAGUGAGAGUGCAAUAUAGCCUCCUGCACAGUGUUUGAGAACACUAGUGCUGGGUUUUAUGAGAUUUUGUCAGUAUUUUAUUGUUUUAUUUACAAAUAUGAGAAUAUCUUGAAAUUGAACUGAAGACAUUAUUUUGUACUGUACUUUUGUAUUUAAAAUGAAAAUGAAGGUUGUUACUCAUUUUGUUUUUUUAACCUGUCCUGAAACUCUCUCUCAGACUGUUACAUAGAUUUAUUUUAAGCCACUUUGGAAUAUUUUACACCACUACACUACAUGCUAAUCCCUGCCCCUUUUGGUGUUUACACACAUGACAGACUGCCAUUCAUGUGCGUAUUGUAUCUGUUUCCUGUGUGGAUAUUCCAUCUGUUGUGUUAAUAUUUGCUUGCAUGCUACAUUCAACAAAAGCAUAAUGGAUCCUGGCAUGAUCAUUGACGAUGCGUUGAAAGAUUUGAAUUAGCACCCGGUGGAAUGCAAACUGAUGUGCUUAUUACUAUGUGGGUGAAAAUGUCUUUCAAGUCCUUUAUAAGGAAGAAGAAAGGACACUGAGUUUGGACUCUUGCAACAACCUGCAGAGAAAGAAAUGAAAUGUGGAAAUUUUGUAAAACAUUUCAAGCAUGUUUAAAGUAUUGUAAUGAUAAUUUAUUAUUCCAUAUAAUGUACAAAGAGAUGUUUUAACUCCAUGAACACAUAUUUGUUGGAAUUAAAACAAUUCACAACCACGCUAAACUAAUCUUGAAUUCAGAAAUAUAUUAUUUUAUUUAACUGUCUUUUAACUAAAAGGUCAUUGUUGACUUUGGCCAUGCAGGGACAGUGUGUUCUGGCAUUAAGGGGAAAGGGGCCCCACUUUGUGUGUGAGAGCGAGGUGAUCCAGAAGUUUGUGGCAAAGCUCCAGCAUUCCUCCACACAUUAUGUAAGACCUUUUGGGCUGUGUUUUGCUGCCUGUUGUAUCCUGAGGGGCCAGACAUUUCUGGGAAGCCACAUAAAGGCCCUGAAAUACAGGAGAAUGCUCAGUGAUGCAUUUAACAUGAUUACAGUUCUUGAAAUCUGCAUAUCAAUCAUCUCAUAUUGCCUGAAGUGUUAUGAGUGAAAUAAUGUUUUCCAUCUUUAUGGCUCAGUUGUUCCUUUUGCUCAUGUGUGAUUUGCUCCAAACUAAUAUAUUCCAGCUUUCAGAACAUACUUUCCUAGUAAUCCUGUUUGGACUAAUUUUCCUAUCAGUGGCUGAACUUGAAAUUACAGAGCCAGAAUGUUUUGUGAUUGUGGAGAAAGGAAAAGAACCCUAGGAAGUGGGAGGCCUGAAAAAUAAUUUGCUUUGAAAGAAUGAACCUUGAUGUGGGUGAAACACAAGCUAAUGACAUGUCUUGGAUGGGGGCGUAACUGUGGCCUGUGUAUGCAUCAGAAGUGUGUUCGUCUCAACCUGCCUGCACCUUCAGGGUAACAGGGAGACACAUGCCACACAUUCUCUUUCAUCUUAACACGAAACACACAUCUUAGCUGACACACAAAAAUCUGAAACCACAAGAUGGUAAAAAAUUUUGAAUAAUAUUUGUGCCCACAGGUAUUUUGU